AUGGCUGCCAGUCCAGAUAUUGUGUAUUCCGCUCCCAAGAUGGCCACUGCCACCUCCAAUAUGGCUACUACCACAUUUAAAGCAGCAACUUACAAUCCCAAUAUGCCACCUGAAUUGGCAGAAGAUCUGCCACCGUCAACUGGCAUGAUAAUUCAACUCAUCAAAGAAUUGAGAGUUGAUUUGAAAAACGACUUUAAAAAAGACUUUGACGCAUUAUAG